AUGUCUUUGCCAACCGCUGGGGAGGAACAGAUACCGAAGAUAGAGGCUCCGUCGAUAUCUCUGCCUGCCGCUGAGAUAGUAAAACCGUCAUUGCAGAUGGAGAUAUCUCCGUCAAUACCUGUGCCUGCUGCUGAAACAAAACCAACAUUAAAGAUCCCUUUGCCCAGUGCUAAGGCGGAACGGCAAUCAAAGAUUUCUCUACCCAGUGCUAGUAUGGAACCCCGAACAAAGAUAUCUUAUCCUUACGCUAGUGCGGAAGAGGCACCGCACAUCAUGCCCCACGGGAACUUUGUAGGACACAGUGGAGUUGUGUGGGCCGUUGUACACCUGCUCGAUGGACAUCGGAUUAUCGCUUGUUCAGGGGACGGCUCGCUGCGGAUUUGGAAUUUGGAGAGCGAGAAACAGAUAGGGGACGACUUGCGGGAUGGAAAAGGUGCAGUAUGGACCAUAGCGUUGUCUCCGGAUGGGACGCAAGUGGUUAGUGGAAGUCUGGACGGUAUAGUGAGGUUGUGGAAUAUCGAUACGGGUAAGGUCAUUGUUAAAUGGACGGGUCACACAAAGGAAGUGUCGUCUGUCUGCUGGAGUCGAGAUGGCCGGCGAGUGGCGAGCGGAUCUAAUGAUGGGACUGUAAUGCAAUGGGAUGUGAAGAGCGGGGCAAGCAUCCUCAAACCAAUCGAGGCAGAGCGCACCCACGUGAAUGCAGUUGUCUACUCACCAGACAUGACCAUGUUUGCGACUGCUAGAUCAGGCAGGUUCAUCAUGAUUGAAAUUCGGGAUGCGAACACAGGCAAGCUGGUUGCAACUCUCAGAGGACAGACGAGUUUUAUAAUGGCUCCUCCAGCCCAACAAAUCCGGGAUGACAUCCAAGUCCCGCCAGAGAUUGUCGGCGAUUCCCCAGAUCGCGUCGAUUUUCAGUUUCCUCCAACACAUCAACCUAUCUAUGCUACCUCAGUCCCCGCCCUAGACCAUCUCCCGACUUCCUCCACACACGAGUUUGCCACCUUGGUGCCAUCUUCUACCUCGCACCGCUUCUCAUCCUUCUUUCGCCGCUCACGGCUCGAUCCUGAUGUCGAGCCACACCUCUCGCCACGCCCAUGGUUAGGGUUUUUCUCUCGACGAGCUCCUAGUGCUCGUACUGUUGGUCAACGCAAAUCGCGUUUAUAUGUCGCUCCGGUACCGAACACUAAAGCUACCUCCAAAGGACAACUGAAGCAACACCCAAAUCAAGGCGGGGCACUGUCAUUGCCGUUAUUGCGCCCACAGGCAGCAGAUGCCACUACAACCUCACCACUGACACCCCGUCCUGCAAUUAUCACUCCCAUAGACGUACCAGACGAGUUCAAGGACGUCGUUCUCGAAGCAUGCCAGGGGACUACGGUGAAUUUACCGUCAUGCCCGUUUGCAGUGUCUGAUUUCAAGAAGAAAAAAGAAUCUUACUUCUGUUCAGACAUAUUUAAAGAAGCUGAUCAAGAGCCAGCUGAUGCGCCUGAACAAACUCCUGAUCACCUCACCAUGCUCACCCAUCCAAAUACACCUCCGCACCGCCUAGACCUCAAAGUGAACGCGAUGUGUGCAGUACAGUGA